AUGAGUACAACAUUUAUAACUCCUGAUUUAACUCAUUCAACUCGAUUAGUUUUAUCCAAUCUGGAAUCAUUACGGCAUGAACAUAAUUUAUUAGUUUCAUCAACAGUUGAUGAUGAUAAAUGUCAACGUCUCCAUCAAUCACUUGAAUCUAUUGAUUUAGGUAUUGAUGAAGCAUUUGUUAUGUUACAACUUGAUAAUCAUUUAGAAAAUCUUGAUAGUGAAAUACAUAAAUUAAUGUUACAAGUUCAAAGGUUAACACAAGAAAAUAGUUGGCUACGUGAUGAACUUUCAUUAACUGAAAAACAUUUACAAACAAGUACACAAAUACGACAAGAUUAUGAACGUGAUAUUGAUUUAUUAAAUGAAUCAUUAAUAUCAUCUCCAUCAAUAUCAGAUAAUUUAAAUUUAACAAAUUCAAUUGAUAUUAAUACAGAUAUACCAAUAGAAACAAAAGAGCAGAUACCAAUGAAUUCUAAUUUUGAAACUAAAAAUCAUACUGAAAUUCCACCACGUUUUCGUACUUUACAUAAUCUUGUUAUUCAAUAUGCACAAGCUGGUCGAUAUGAAGUUGCUGUACCAUUAUGUAGACAAGCACUUGAAGAUUUGGAAAAAACUCAUGGUCAUACACAUCCAGAUGUUGCAACAAUGCUUAAUAUACUUGCAUUAGUUUAUCGUGAUCAAAAUAAAUUUAAAGAAGCAUUACAAUUAUUAACUGAAGCUUUAACAAUACGAGAAAAAACUCUUGGACAUGAACAUCCAGCUGUUGCUGCAACAUUAAAUAAUUUAGCUGUACUUUAUGGAAAAAAGAAUCGGUAUAAAGAAGCAGAACCAUUAUGUAAACGUGCAUUAGAAAUUCGAGAAAAAUAUUUUGGUGUGAAUCAUCCAGAUGUUGGCAAACAAUUAAAUAACUUAGCAUUGUUAUGCCUUAAUCAAGGUAAAUAUGAUAAAGUUGAAGAAUAUUAUAAACGAGCUAUUGAAAUUUACACAAAAAACUAUGGUAAACAUGAUUCAAAUGUAUCGAAAACAAAAAAUAAUCUUGCAUCAGCAUAUUUACGUGAAGGAAAAUAUAAAUUAGCUGUACAACUAUAUGAAGAAAUUUUAUCUGAAUCUCAAUUAAUAUCAAAUGAACAGUGUCAAUCAUUAAAUUCUAACCGUGAUACAACAACAAUUAUGACAACAUUAAAAAAUCUCGGAGCACUUUGUCGUCGAUUAAAUCUUUAUGAACAAGCUGAUUUAUUUGAAUCAUUUGCAACGAAAUCUUCACAAAAUCAAUCUGAAUUUAUUAAUCGUGCAUUAGAUAUUUUAAAACAAAUUCGACAAAAUGAUGAAAUUAAUCAUGAAACAAUACGACGCUCACAAGCACCUAUUCCACAAGAAUAUGGAAAAUUACGUCGUAGUGGUUCAUUUCAAAAAUUACGUCAAAGUAUUCGACGUGGUUCAGAAAAACUUGUACAAAAACUUCGUGGUACACCAUCAAAUCUUCCAUCAUUUAAUUCAAUGCAAUUUCAACAACAAGAUCCAAUUAUAAAACGUGCAUCAUCCAUGUCUGUUUUAAACAAUGUUUCACCAUCAUAUCCUCUUCAUCAACAACAAACAAAUCGAACAUUAAGAAAUAUAUAUUCUAUUGAUCAACAACAAAACAAACAGCAAUUUAUUCCUCCAUCUCGUGGUCGAUUGACGAGUGCAGAAAAUACUCAUUGA